GACUGCGUGAAAGCAAAUCUUUUCAUGUGUAUCCGUGCUGGACUUCAAUAGAGGUUGGUGCUGUAAACCAACAGAUGGAGGUAAAGAACAACUGUAACACUCAUCACCUAUGUCGAAAUGGGUGUGGCUUCUAUGGAAGCUCUCAAUUCGAUGGAAUGUGUUCCAAGUGUUACAAAACCUUAUCGAACGAAUCCAUUCGAGGGCCUGAAUCGCACCAUUCAGCCGGAGUUAUCUACGACACCGUGGCAAACACAGGAAUCACAGCUGUAGGGCAGGUGUUACUGAAAGACUCGGCAGUUUCGGAAAACACACUGGACAUGGGACGCAAAGUAUAUUUGGAAAAUGUUGAGGUUUUGAGGCGAGGAUUACGGUUUACUUCACAGAAACCGGUAGCCGAGGCGGUAGAAAUCGCCAACCAUCCCGAUGUUAACAGAACAGAAGGCAUGGAAGUGGUUGUAGAAACUUCAGGAAAAACUACAGAUCAAAGUGUGCAAGAAAAUAUGACUGCAGAGGAAACGACGGAGAACUUUGAACUGCAAUUCAGCACGUCAGCGAAACCCCCUGAUCAGAUGCUAGGAGACUCGAUUGCAGAAGUGCUCUCUUCAAGUGACAAACUAGAUGGGCAGUCUCCCAGCCCGAUUCCAUCCACUUCUGGACGAAAAACGCCGAACGCCAGUCGAUGUCAUGCAUGUCACAAGCGAAUUGGACUGACAGGUCUUCAGUGUCGAUGUGGGUUCACAUUUUGUGGUUAUCAUCGAUAUACUGACCGACAUGACUGUACGUUCAACUAUCAAGAACAAGGACAAAACGACAUACGGCGAGCAAAUCCAGAAGUGAAAGGGGAGAAGAUCAGGAAGCUGUAAUACUGCGUGGAUGGAUUCAGUUCUCUGAGAAGUUGCUAUUUGUAAUUAAU